AUGGCUCCCCAGCUCUCCUCCCUCGCUGCAUCCGCGGGCAUUUGUGUAGUCUCAGGUCUCGCCAUAGCCCUGCUGGUGAUCACCCUAUACAUUCUCGGCACCACCGGAUCCUUUGCCGUCUUCUGCAUCAGAGAGUUCACCCAAAGAGCCCCUGACCGGCCACCGCUCAUCGGGACCGUGUUCCGGCAGCUCAACAACUUCGACAAAAUUUUCGAUGAGCAUGUGAAGUAUGCGCUCUUGCACCCCACCAUCAGGCUCGUGUAUCCAGGGCACAGUGAGAUCUUAACAGCCGACCCUGCCGUCAUCGAGCAUGUGCUCAAGACAAACUUCAGUAAAUACAGCAGGGGUGCAUUCAACACGGAAAUCGUGAAGGAUCUCUUUGGAAAUGGGAUUUUCGUGACAGAUGGGGAGAAGUGGCGACACCAGAGGAAGCUGGCAAGCCAUGAGUUUUCAACGAAAGUACUACGCGACUACAGCAGUGAAGUUUUCAGAAUGAAUGCUGUAAAACUGGCAGAGAAUACCUUAUCUGCAGCAGCUAACAGAAUUACCAUAAACAUGCAGGACCUUCUGAUGAGAACAACUAUGGAUUCAAUAUUCGAAGUGGGAUUCGGUUUUGAGCUUAACACGCUAUCUGGAUCAGAUGAAUCCAGCAUUGAAUUCAGCAGGGCCUUUGAUGAGGCAAAUUCUCUUGUUUACCAUCGGUAUGUCGAUAUGUUCUGGAAGCUGAAAAGGUAUCUUAAUAUCGGGUCAGAAGCCAAACUGAAAAAGAGCAUAAAGAUAAUCGACCAGUUUGUGUUACAGUUGAUCCAUCAAAAGAGAGAGAACAUGAAAAACAUAAUUGGCCAUAAAACCAGAGAUGACAUACUGUCAAGAUUCAUACUGGAGAGUGAGAAGGAUCCUGAGACGAUGAACGAUCGUUACCUUCGUGACAUAGUCCUCAGUUUCCUGAUUGCUGGUAAAGACACCACAGGAAAUACCCUUACAUGGUUCUUCUACAUGCUCUGCAAAAACCCAGUAGUGCAGGAUAAGGUUGCCUUUGAAAUCAGAAAAUAUGUCGAGUGGACGCAAGAAGAUACCGGCGUGGAAAUGUUCACUGCAAGAUUGAAACAAGGUGCUAUUGACAAAAUGCACUACCUCCAUGCUGCUAUUACCGAGACUCUACGGCUGUAUCCUGGUGUUCCAGUGGAUGGUAAGAUGGCAGAUGAAGAUGAUGUACUACCAAACGGCCAACGAGUGAUAAAAGGAGAUGGAAUGAACUACAUGAUUUAUGCCAUGGGGAGGAUGAAAUACCUUUGGGGUGAGGAUGCUGAAGAAUUCAGGCCUGAAAGAUGGCUUGUGAACGGAAUCUUCCAGCAAGAGAGCCCUUACAAGUUUAUAUCUUUCAAUGCGGGACCUCGUAUCUGCUUGGGAAAAGAAUUUGCAUACAGACAGAUGAAAAUUGUGGCUGCUACCCUGAUUCAGUUCUUCAGGUUCAGACUGGAAGAUGAAUUCAAGGGUCCAAUAUACAAAACAAUGUUUACCCUCCACAUGGAUAACGGCCUUCAUCUAUUUGUUUACCCCCGUGAAAUUUAA